UUUAUUUUUCAUAUUUUGUGUUAAAAAAAAAAAUAAAGAGAUUUGCGAAGAUUGGAAUUUUUUAACCAUGCCUUUCUUGUGGAAAACCUAAUGCGGCCCAGCCUCACCCAGACUCUGCCUCCAGCGGCCCUCAGCUAAAUUGAGUUUGAGACCCCUGUUCUUAUGCAUUUCUGACUAGAGCUUUUUUCGUGUGUCUGACUCUCUUCUGACUACAAAUAUGUAGGACUGCUUUCUUUCAUUUGCGCAAAAUCUCUCAAAUUAGAAACAUCCUGUUUAAGAGUGAUGUUGAAAAACUAGUUUAUGCAUUAUUACUUCUAGGCAGAACUACUGUAAUUCAUUAUUAUCAGGCUGUCGUAAAAAUUCCCUGAAACACCUUCAGGUGACCCAAAAUGCUCCAGUAAGAGUACUGACAGGGAAAGAAGGACCAUAUUUAAGAAAAAAAAAUCCAAAACAAAGAAGUGAGAGUUCAGGAGGCUAGCGGCAGAGACACAGCAGUUAAGAGGGCUGACCAGGAGGCUGGCAAAGAAAGACAGAGCAGAUCUGGAGGCCGACCAUGACCAUAAAGAUCCUUGGCUGACAAGACUAGAGACCGUUGUCAGUUUAUACGUCAAGGACCUCCUCAAUCACACUAACACUUCUUCUGUAGAGGAAAUAGAGUCUGGGGAUGAGGUAUAUGAGUCUGGGCACUGAGGCAGUCUUUGGUGGGAGGACCCCUAGGGAGGAUUUUUAUGAGAAUCAGCACCCCCAAGUCUGAGGCCAUGUUCCUCAGCUGGAAAAAAGUGGAGCACCCACUCCGAGUUAGGGAUGAGUUGCUGACCCAGGUGAAAGAGUUUAUGUAUCUCAGGGUCUUGUUCACGUAUCAUGAGAGAGGGGAUUCCUUUUUUGAUUCCUUUUGUCUGUACAUUCAUGUCCUUGGUUUCGGUCAUCUCUCCUGAUCUUGUCAUUCUAUAGGAAUGUAUUUAGGUUUAAUGAGAGUAAAAGAAUAUUUAAGCGUUAACAUGAAGUGGAAACUUGAACAUUUAAGUAGUUGUUCAUGCUUUGAAACAGCUAGAAAGAAGAAUUAAACUGUCUAAUCCAGGGAAUAAUUGUAUUAAACAUAAAAAACCUUUAAUUUAAAUCCAUCCAUCUAGAAUUUACAAGUUUAAGGCUUGGUAAUUUAGUAACAUCACGUAAGAUCAUGAGAUGAAAUCUAUUGGGCCGAGCUAACUGCGGUAACGCGUUGACGCCAUGCAGCCCCAUGCAGCGGGCGACCCGCAUUAACUCGCUAACGGAGAUUUGCCGAGUUAAUGCGGUUAUGGCGUUAACGUGAUUUUAACGAGACUAACGCUGACAGCACUAGAAAAUCUAGAAUAGAAAAUGAAAUUAUCAUGGUUUUGGUAAGAGAAAUUAAAAUUACCAAACUGCAUGAAACUGAACAUUAAAACAAAACGUUAAAGGGAAAUUUUCAUUUGUAUUUUUUUCUUCCACACAGUCUUUUUGGAUAGCAAGGAUUGGAGUGUGUCAAGGUUAAUAUAUCACAUUUAUCUAUACCAGAGUUGCAAAUGUUUAACCGAAAACCAAAGGCACAUCCUGUUCUUCUACAAAUCCUUACCAUAUCCAAAUUCAAACGUUUGAACUAUCGAGCCAAGCGACCCGCAGAAAAUAACUGCUAAAGCACUUGCAGAGAAACUGGACAGACUGCAAUGUGAUAGAAAAGCUAAAUUAAAUAAAGCUAAUCAUCUACAAGAGAGUAUAUGAAAAUAAUAUCUAUAUUGUAAGUACAUCACUAGAUAUAGAUAAUAGUAUCUAUAUCUAUAUGGUUCAAGCCUCAACUAAUGAUUCUGUUGCUUUGUGUAAUGAAGCAAGAACUAUUCAUGGUUCUUUGAUCUGUGUGUUACCAGAUGAUGAAAAUGAAAAGCAUGAAACAUGGUUUAAAGCAAAAACAAUGUGUUAUGAUGAGUUUAUUUAUGAAGUGAGUGAAUGGUUAUCUGGUUGCGAACAUUUGCAUUUAAAAUAUUGGUGUUGAUGAUGGUGUUAAUCCAGAGGACAGUGUUUCAAAUGUGGCUGGUAAGCCUUCCAUCAUUAAAAGGUCAACUAGUGGUAAAAUAAGCACAACAUCCUCUGCAAGAAUAAAAGAAAAGCCAGAAAAAGCUCUGUAACACACAUACAGUUUCUAGGUCUGACCAACAAUCUCCAUCACCAACCAGUGUUGCCUUCUACUUUUAAAUAUCCUAUGAACCUCAAGUAAAGCAGCAAUCUGAGAGCGAAAUAUACCGGCUCCAUUCUUUUAGUACAGGUAAGCAGUAAUAUUCUAUAAUAACUUCUCACACCUUCUAUUCGAGCGCCCUCUGUCAGACAUCAUUUACAGUUUCAAUAAAGCUGCAUUCACAAACACUGCAACCCAGUUUUACUGUUAAGCGACAAUUACAGUUCACCGUUUUGAGUUGUUUGUAUCCACUUAUCAGGAACCCGACUAUAGUUUGAAAGUCCAGGGCAUGCAAAGUUCAUUCUUGCACAAUGCUCGACUUUAAAGGGACCAUCAGUGUGAAGCACUCUGGAAAGACUGGAGCAAACGGUGGACUGACUUCUUAACAAAUCAGUUGUUAAGAACUUCAGUGUGGUGACUGAUUAGUCAAUGACUGAACAAUCAACAGACUUGUAACCUUUCAGUAACAUGUGUGUGCUGUAUGAACUAUAAUAUUAAAAAAUAUUAUGUUACUCUUGUACAUGUAUUCAAGGAUCAUGCUGCUAACUCAACAAAAACAAUCAGGUCAGAUGUUAAAAUGACCUGUUUUCUGCAUUCUAAAAUAAUCUACAAACUUACCUACAGACCGUUUGUUUUGAAAACAGCUGAAAUAUAAUAUGAUCAUUUCUGGAGCUGAUUUGACAUCGGCUUUCAGGAUAUCCAGGAACAGAUCGACAUGUUACAUACUACCCUAAAACUCAGUGUAGAAGCGCACGAACGUUUAAGCGGUUAACAAGCGGCGGCUGGCUCGACUGUGGUGGGUAAAAACACCGAUGUCAACACAUUAAAGUGAAAUAAAAUCAGACACUUUUUGCAGGCUGACUUUAAACUCUGCAAAACCGAUUUUCUCAAGAAUAAACCACUGCAGAAAAGCAAACGUCACCCAUUAUAUAUAUAUAUAUAAUAUAUCCUAAAAAAUUAUAUAUCUUGUGCUUAACUUUUGCAAAUAGGUAAUAUUUUGAUAAUUUGGUGAUAUUUAAUGUUGCUACAUUCUCGCCGAAAUCGUCGCACUAUUUUAUGCACUAGAAACAGUGCUUUUUCAGAACUUUACUUCCAGUUCUGAAUUUCGUUUGAAAUGCAUUCUGGGAUACUUGGCUAAGGCAAAGUCCAAACAAGUCGUCACCAGAAGCGUACUUUGAGCGUAUUUUGAAUUUAAAACAUAUUUGGGCUGCGACUCAAGUCUGUCUUAAGUCCGCGUGAUCACGGGUACUUCGAGAAACAAAACCAACCACCAGACUCAUUCGCUUCGAAAAGAUGUCCUCUCAAGUGAGACUGAAGCUGCUGCCAAGCAUCAAAUGUAUGUUUGAUGAGCCCAUUCAGGUGAAGGUGGCCGGGCUGAGGCCAAGGCAGGUUGUCAACAUGAGAGCCAAAUUAACUGAUGACAAGGGAGUGGUGUUCAGCUCCUCGGCCACCUACAGGGCUGAUGGCAGUGGGGAGGUCGACCUGAAAAGAGACCCCUCGCUAGGUGGGAGCUACGUUGGAGUAGAACCCAUGGGUCUGCUGUGUUCCAUGAGGCCACAUACCAUGCACAAAAUAUAUCUAAAGACAAAUGCCAUAAACCCCCAGGUGGUGAAGUUUUCUGUGCAUGAGGAGGAGGGCAGAUUACUGGCAGAGAUGAUGAAUGAGAGGCUUCUGAUGAGAGAUGGGGUCACCAGGGUUCCCGUCAAUGAAGGGAACAUCCGUGGAGUCCUUUUCACUCCUCCAGGAAAAGGUCCUUUUCCUGUUGUGUUGGAUUUGCCCACCUCAGUUUCUGAGGCAAGACCCAGUCUACUGGCUAACAAAGGCUUUGUGGUUCUCUCAGUGGCGGUGUACAAUAAGAAGGGUGACAAUAUCACAGAGACACAUCUGGACCACUUUGAAGAAGCAAUGAAUUUCUUAAAACAGCAACCAAAGGUGGGCAGUAAAGGAGUUGGCAUAAUGUCAAGAUGCAAGGGAGCAAAUAUCGGACUGGCACUCGCUGCUUUUGUGCCAGGUGUCGAGGCCAUAGUGUGCAUGAAUGCCUGUAACGCCAAUGUGGUCACGCCUCUCUACUACAAGAAACGGCAGAUCCUGUCAUCAAUACUGUUUGACGAAAGCAAGUUUAUUCCCACCGAGUCAGGUGCAAUCAUCAUAAAGGAUGCUCUUGAAGAUCCCCUGGCAGAGAAGAAUAAGGGCAGCUUGAUCCCCAUUGAACGAGCCAAGAGCCAUUUUCUUUUUGCGGUUGUAGGAGACGACCUCAACUGGGACAGCGAAGCCUACAUGGAUGAAAUGGUAGUGAGACUUAAGCAUCAUGGGAAGGAGAACUUUGAGACUGUUUUUUACCCUGGAGCUGGACACAUGUUGGAGCCACCUUAUGCACCCCACUGCCCCUCCAGCUUCAAUGCAGGUGUAGGCAAACGAGUGCUGUGGGGAGGUGAGCCCAAGGCCCACAUAGCAGCUGAGAUCCACCUGUGGAAGAAGAUCCAGGAUUUCUUCAAAACUCACCUGAGUUGUGAUGCAGCACAGACUAAAGCCAAGUUAUAGAUUCAAACAGGAUGAUUAGAAAGCUUGAGUUACAGAAACAUAAAUCAUGACAGCAAAUUGACUGUAUGAAAAUCACAUUUUAUAAUUAAUAUAAUAGUUGUUAAUAUGACAGUUUGAAAUUUUAGGUGAAAUUAUGAUUCGCACAUGUCUUCCCCUCCUGUAUCUCCUGAGCCCUGUACACAUGUUUCUUUUUUCAUUUUUCUUUAUAAUUUUUUGGGAUUGUCACUUGAUCUUCUGUCUGCUUAUCCUGGACUCUACAGUCAGCUAUGGUUUAUUUCCAGUCAGCCUUUCUUAAUGUUUCAUUGAAAUUACUUUUUAUUUGUUUUGGCUAUUUGUUCCAUCAUCACAGCGCCAAAAACAUUAUAUGAUGAGUGUAGAUACAUGUUUUUAAUUUUUGCGUAACGCUGAUUUUGUUAUUUGAUCCCACAUUACUGUACUUAUCUUUUGUAAAUUGAUCUUUAUGUUGUAAUUAAAAACAACAACAAAAAACAA